AUGGGUGCUCCAUUCUGGUCUGAAGAAGAGAAGAAAUACUUCUUGGAAGAAGUUAUUCCCAAAUCCUACUAUUCCCAGGGAUAUCAUGGCACGCAAGGCCGCUCUUUUGAGGACUUGGCUGCGGUCAUGCAGCGGGAUAUGGACGCGAGAGGCUUGAGCAGACGCAAAUACAACGGGGAUAUCUUGUUCCAGCAUUGGUAUCAAAAGGUCAGAAACCCAGAUCCCGAUGAAGCUUCGGGAGAUGAUGGAGGCCCGGGAGAUGGUGGAACCCCGAGAGAUAUGGGCUCGCCGUCAAAGACAAGAACUAAUCCACGUCCCAAUACUUCUAAGCCCGGUCGACGCCCAGCACAGGAGGAACCUGCUUCGUACUCGACCCGCGCAGCUAGCCUGCUUCUCACUCAUUCUCGCCAGGGUGCUGGUCAAGAUCUGACUGCGAGCGAUCAGGUCCCCUUGUCAAGCCCAACCAUCAGCGAACUAUCAGUUCCGGAGAAGGUAGCUGAUAGUCCUACCAUGGACACUAAGCCCCUCUUACCUGGAGCUGCUGCAAAGAGUCCGGAUAAGGGUAACUCCAACCUAUUGUCUCGUUCUCCUAACGCGAGAUCAAGAUCGAUGUCAGACCCUCCCUCUUUGAUCCAGCCGGUGCUUGUUUCUCGAUCGAAGUUGCCUCAUUCCAAAGCACCCGCUUCACAAGCAAAUAAAAGGGCAUUUGAUGGCGCUAUGGCUGGAGGUGACGGUGCAACAGACAAUACCACUCCCAAACAGUCAAAAGGAGCAAAGAACCCCACCAGCUACUACCAAAGCCCAUACGCCCCCAAAGCAAAAGAAGAGUCAUCCAAGCCGGCUAGUACCCACGGAAGUGGAAAAGCAGAAGAAUCUAAAGCCACAGCUCAAGCCAAUCCUCGCGGCCGUUCCCCGACCCAACAGCCGUCCGUGGAAGAUCCUAUCUUUCUGUCUUCUGACGAAGAAGUCUCCCCGAUGGCGCCCGUUGCAAAGCGACAAAAGACAGGAGCCAAGCGUAGCAACCGUGGCAACGAUCAACCCGGAACCCAGCCCAUGACCUUUGUCCCUCCAGCUCCACUCACUCUUGCUGAACAACAACAAAUCCAGCACCGCUUUGCGGUACCAAAUACCAUCCAUGGUAUGCCCCCAAAUAUGAAUCAGCUAGGCUACCCCAUGCCAGGAGGAAGCAGUGUCUAUGCAAGCCCCUAUACAAGCCCUUAUGCUGCCGCCAAUCCACCCAGCAACAUCCCCGCAUACAGACCUAUCCCCGCGAUUCGGGGCGCGCCAGCUUCCCGCGGCAGAGGUUCCAGAGGCGGCGCACGCUCCUCCACGCAGACACCACGUCCCUUCGAGAGCGCUAUGCAGCAAGCACAGUCCAUGGGCAUGCCACCUCCUUACACCUCGACCCCCGACCCAGGCACUGGUCUUCCAAUCUUUCGCGGUCCGGUUCCAGAUAUGGGCUCUGGCAAUCAGACAUUCGAUGCUGUUACGGGACAGCGACUGGGUCAGGUGAUGAUGCCUUAUUGCCCCUCGUGCAAGCGACCUUUCUAG